AUGUCUUUGCGCGAGACCGUGGGCUUCCAUUUUCGGACUUAUGGUCUCAAGUCGAGCCGAAGAAAAAGAUACGCCAUUUCUUUCACUGUGGGAGUGCGGCUAGGCCUGAACGCAAUCUCUUUCGGUACGGUGACGGGGUUUAAAACGGUGAUUUCCAAUAGCUACUACGGGGUUCUGUACGCGGACAUAUUCGACUCCAGACGUUUCCUACAGUCUUGUGCUUUGUUUCCAGACCACUUGGUUGUUUCUUCCGUCACCAAUCCCCCUCAUUCCCCUCAUUCGAUGGACCAUCUUCAUUGCGUAGAGUAUACCUCCCUCUUAAGAGACCUAGAUAUAGAGGUAGAUUCACUAAUCACCCUAUUUCUGCUAUUCGCCUCUAUUACAUUCAAAUUCCCCUCCAAUUCUCCGGUCACCUCCGAAUCAAUGAAUGAUACUAAUGGGGCUAUCGUGAUGAUGACAUUGCUCAGCCUUCUGACAUGGUUUACUACCGCCACAAGUCGUUUUGUAGGGCCUUCGGAUGUCAGAUAUUUGAUCGUCGAUGGGGUAGAAAGACCAUCGACAUUGCAGCCCGCGGAUGAUGUUGGGCUGAGAACAAACAAGGGAGAAUAA